GGCAGAGCAAGAGAGAGAAGCAGCUCCUUUACUCUGAGAAAGCAGCCAGCUGAUCACACAAGAGGCAGAAUGAAAGCUUUCCUCCUCACCAUUGCUGCAGUGCAGAUUCUCCACUGCUCAGGAAUACCGAGCCCAAAGGAUGCUCUGAGAGUGUCUGUUCUAAAACUGAACCAAAUCACUGACACCAGCAAUCUGUGUGGGAUAACCAGGAGAAGAGUGAAGGAUAUUCACCGCACCGGGAAAUUGUCGUACAAUGUGGAUUUAACAUUUUCCGUGAAAGAAACCAUCUGCUCCAAGAAUUCUGGCCUGGAAUUCGAUGACCCCAGCUGUCACUUCUGUCCCAAAAAGACUGCAGAGAAAGGUUUGUGCAAAAGCCAUGUUGCAUAUUUUGCUGAUGAGGUUGUUGACAUUGAUGUACAGUGUCGAGGAUUGAAGACAGUUGACAGCAACAGUGACUCAUCAGAGUUGAACGAAAACAGUCUUGAGGUCAAAACCGAAGCAAAACCCAUGUCAGUUGAGGAAUCACCAAACGUGAAAAGCAUGUCAACAGAAACAUCUCUUGAGGACUCACCGGAUGUAAAUAUUUUGCACGAGAUGAAAAGCGAAUCAACAGAAACAUCAGUUGAGGAGUCUCCCAAUGAAUACCAUGACGAUUCAAGAUCCCGUCACUAACCAGGAAUGAAAGUUCUGGAAGCCGAGCUUGACGUGAACACAAGGCCUUAUUCUGAUUAAAGAAGACAAAUCAAUUGUACUUUAUUUCUUUCAUA